GAGGAGGGGGGUCUCGUGCGCUUGGCCGGGGCCGGGGCGAGGUUGCAACGGCUGCUGCAUCUUCUCUUUGCAGUCUUUUGUCCUCCGCGGAGAUGAAGCCAGCCUCCUCCGAGUUCAACAUUGACGCCCCUCUCUGGGACCAGAGGACCUUUUUAGGGCGGGUGAAGCACUUCUUCAACAUCACCGACCCCAGGACGGCCCUGGUGUCGGAGCAGGAACUAGACCAGGCCAAAGUGCUGGUGGAGAGCAGCCGACUGGGCAGAGUGCCCCCAGGCACCAACCAGGAUCAGCUGCUCUAUGCCAAGAAGCUUUAUGACUCGGCCUUCCAUCCAGACACCGGUGACAAGAUGAAUGUGAUUGGGCGCAUGUCAUUCCAGGUCCCUGGGGGAAUGGCCAUCACCGGCUGCAUGCUCCAGUUUUAUAGGACGGUGCCCGCGGUAGUGUUCUGGCAGUGGGUGAAUCAGUCGUUCAAUGCCCUAGUCAACUAUACCAACCGGAACGCGGCCUCCCCGAUCUCCGUCACGGGCUACGUCUUGUCAGGGAGGACAAGGGAGGGAUGUGAAAGGAUAUUUUCUCCCCAGUGCUGUGGAGCAUGUUGUUUCUGGAAUCCUAACCAAGCUGGAGGCAGGCAGAUGGCAGUGGCCUAUUUUACUGCGACGAGUACUGCGCUGGUUACGGCAGUGGGAUUGAAUCUGUACACCAAGAGAGCCCCGCCCCUGGUGGCCCGCUGGGUGCCCUUUGCAGCUGUGGCUGCCGCCAACUGUGUGAACAUUCCCAUGAUGAGGCAGCAGGAGAUCAUCCGAGGAAUUGCCGUCACAGACAAGAACAACAAUGAGCUCGGUUUCUCCAGGAGAGCUGCAGCCAUAGGCAUCUCCCAAGUGGUCAUUUCCCGCAUCACCAUGGCAGCUCCUGGCAUGAUUGUGUUACCAAUCAUAAUGGAAAGACUGGAGAAGUUUUCCUUCAUAAAGAGAAUCCAGUUCUUGCAUGCCCCGCUGCAGGUGAUGCUGGUCGGAGGCUUCCUGAUCUUCAUGGUGCCUGUUGCCUGUGCGCUCUUCCCGCAGAGAUGCGAGAUGGCCGUUUCCUACCUGGAGCCAGCGCUCCGGGAAUCCAUCGCGGCCAAGUACGGAGACAAAGUGCCCCACGUCUAUUUCAACAAAGGACUGUGAAGCAGCCAGCCCCGCCCCGGGAAGCUGCCCAUCUCCUCACCACUCAGGCUGCCCCUCCCGGGUAUUCUGCCUCUCUGCUCCUGCUCUGGCCAGCUUCACCGUGGGCAGAAUUUUAGAUUCAGGCUGGAAGCUAGCAAGUGCGAAGAGAGGCAGAGGAAUCUGACCACCUGCUGGGUGACAUCCCCUUGCCCCCAUCCUCCUCCCUGACUGCCAGGCGACCCCCAUGUGCCUUUGACCUUCCGGCACCCACCUGGCCUAGCUGGGAGACCAUGGCCAUGGCACCCAAAAGAGAAGGUUGUUGGCUUAUGAAUUGGCUUGUUGCAUGGGAAAGGGGGGAGCUUCCUUUGGAGUCCAACUAGAGUCAUCAGGGGCAACUCGGGUGAGCCCUGUUGGCCUCCGAGUUAGGUUUUCCCAGCAGCCCAUGAAGUGACACCUCAAGCCCUGGAAUGUGAUUAUUUUGUCUAAGCCCAGCUACAUCAGUGCUGUCCCAGUGCGGACCUGCCAACAACUCAGGCCUGAGCACACAGAGAAGCGUAUGUCUCUAGUCCUUGGGUGGGUGGUGUUUUUUUUUCUUUGAAAAUUUCCUUUAAAAAAAAAAAUCUCAACACAAUAUCUUAACUUGUGGGGUUUCAUCCUCACUCUGGGGGACCAAGUGCUAAAUCUCAGUCUGAGCCAUGGUCACAUGAUCAGGCCUCUGGCCUCUCUAGUUCCAUGAUUGUGCCAAAGAGCUACACUUGGGCAUUGGCUAUGCUUCACGUGCCUUGUUCGUUACAUGUCUACAUUCAGGUUAAUAAUGGAGUUUCCUGUUUUGGAGGUGUCUCUGCAGUCUGUACUUGCUGUUAUAGUGUUACAGAGGUGCUGGGGGGAUGAUCCCCUUCGCCUGAUAGGUCAAUUUAUCAUCUCAGAGAAGUCAUAGUUGAUGGACUUUUGAAGCAGGAGUUGAGUAGAAUGGGAGGGUAAUGCUUAUUUCUGCCCCUGUCUCCCCCUCCCCUGCUCUCUAGCUUCAUCAUAUGUGAAACCGAGGGAGGAGGCUGGGGAAGGGAAGGCUUAUCUUGAAGGCAGAAAGUUGACAAGGAGCUUUUUAGAAAAAUAAAGAGCAAAAUGUGGAUCUUUCAAACAG